AUGCAUUGGUAUAAAAAUACACCUCAGACUCUAAAUACACCAUAAAACCAAGAGUCUAUAAAACUAAUGCAGCAAACUCUUGAAGUGCCAAAAGACACCUAAUCUGUCCUUAUAACAAAGACCUUUUCAUUUAUGGCUAUCUUCCAUAUGCUGAUGAGUCUUGGAUUAAUUUUCCACUAAUUAUUAGUAAGAAAACUUAUUGAAAACGAAUCUGACGUAAAUAUGAGUGUUUCUUAGUACGUAUUUGGCAUAGACAACUAACAACUGCUCCACCUUAUACUCUUAAUCCCAGGAAACUUAAUGUGUGGAAUGUAUCUAUUCAAUGUUAGCAAGAGCUACAUUGCAAGUCUAAGCAGUCCAUUAGACUCAUCUUUAAUAGAGAACAGCAGUAAGAGCGAACGAAAGAGUCUUAAGUCUGCUCAGAAGAGAGCAGCAAGAGCUAACGUAUUUUCUUAUGUACAGGAUCUGUCAGAGUUUUUGGCGUAGGAUCCUGAAAUAGGUUAAUAUCAGAUAUGA